CACAUCUUGCAUGAGUCAGCACCGUCCAGCAUUGACUCGACUGAGUUUAGCCGUGCUGAGGGUUUGCGCUGAUUUGGAGUUCUAAAUGGGCCGCCAAUUAUCACACCAGCACAAUCUCACUCUUUUCAAUCUCCAAGAACUCCCUGGCAGCAACCCCGGAGGCUUCAAAUUUACCCAACCUCGAGAAUGAGCCCCCUGCAGUGCCCUGGCCCCGCUCCUGCACGACAAGCCCAGACAUUCUCAUUUCAUCAUUGUGCCUGUCAGCCCACACUGCCAGAAACCAAACAUCCCUCCUCCUCGUGGACAUCAAAGAAGACCUUGACUGGUGCGCCUUCCGCAAGCCUCCCUCCACCGAGAGUGAAGGUCCACCUGUUGUCCAAGGCUGCAUUGUGGACCGAUACAAUGCCUUUGUUCUUGCUUGAGCGGAGCCAGAGGCCUGGACACGCCCGAAUCGGGCGUGCGACGGAACCAAGAAUGCCGCCGCCGGUCCAGGCGGCACGAAUGAGGGGCCCGCGGAGGUGCAGGCGGAUGUCGACCGCCGAGAUGACGUCUGCUUUGAGGAGGUGUGCGACGAAUGUAUCCUCGGGCAGGAAUAUGCUUUGUUAUGCGGGGCUCUGAUGUUAAACAAAUGUCACGAUACUUCUCGCCCUUCCUUUUGCCAUCCCAUCACGUCGUU